GUCGAGAGAGAGAGAGAGAGAGAGAGAGAGAGAGAGAGAGAGAGAGAGAGUCUAAAAUUGUGUCCCCGAGCGUGUGCGUGUGUGUGUGUGUGUGUGUGUGAGAGAGAGAGAGAGAGAGAGUGAGAGAGAGAGAGAGGGUGGAGGGUACUGGAGGCAACAGGGAAUUCUAUUUGGACGACAACAGGGGCAGCUUGCUGCUGGAAUUGCGUGUUGGAACUAGUAAGAUUCGGGAUUGAAUUGAUUCAGGAUCUCUUGUCAUCGUUGCCGACAUCUUCCCAGGAAGACUCGCCAGCAGGGAAAUAAGUGGGCAGACGGUUAGCAGAGCGGCCGUUUCUUUUGGCCCCUGACAGACCACCGCCUCUUCUCUCCCCUCAUCACGCGUAGUCCCUCUGUAAGAUGCGCUCCGCGAUGGUCACGGUCCAUCUGCGCCAAGGCCGAUCCUGAUCUCGCGUCAGUUGUUCUAUUCGAAAAAGACAGAUCUGACCAAUUACUCGCCCGUGCCAAGUUGCAGAUGACCCGGUGUUGGAUCUGGCACUUGGCCGUCGACUGCCGCUGGAUCUGCACUUUAACUCGGUUCUCUGCCCUCCCUUUCGUUUAUUCCUCCUCCUCCUCCUCCUCCUCCUCUCUACCCUUUCGCUUGCAAUUCGUCCUCUGCGCUCAUGCUUGUUGUUCGCCGCUGCGUUCUAGCUGCCGUGAGUCACCGGGACAAGUAUCGUCUGCCUGGUGUUUGCUGGCCUGUGGGCAGUGUGGGGGGAAGGGGAGGGGGAGUUGUUUAUAAAUAGGGAGAGGGUGCAGAGAUUCCAAAGCGUCCAGCUGCAAUUGCAGUGGCACACGGAGGGACUUGUCGUGCCUGGGAGGAGAAGAGAUUGAUUGCUACUUCCUCUUGACUGUGUGUGCGUGUGUGAGAGGGAGACAGUAGGUGGGCAGAAGAAACGUGGAAGGGAUAGAGGGAUUGCCGGCGUGAUGAAGGUAUUAUGACAGUCGCAACAUGAUUUGCGAUUGAGAACAGGCGUGGGUAGGGAGGCCUGACGCUUGCGCAAGGAGAGAGAGAGAGAGAGAGAGAGAGAGAGAGAGAGAGAGAGAGAGAGAGAGAGAGAGAGAGAGAGCUUUUUCAAAUGAAUAUUGCCAUAUUUCUGUGCUGAAUCCACCGCAGAAGAGGAUUUUUGGCAUUGCUAACCAGUGUGGAACUCGGAACGUGUCGAAAACGGUAAAAAGCGGGAAGGAAUAUGUUUAUGUGAUUGAUUUGAUUUGAUUAUAUAGCUGUGUUUUGUGCUUGGAGAGCGGGUAAGAGAGAAGGAAGGUCAGGCUGACAGCAUAUACACGAGGCGGCAGAGAGAGAGAGAGAGAGAGAGAGAGAGAGAGAGAGAGAGGGAUUGUGAUGAGAGCAGGACGGACUUUCUGAAGUCGUUCUGUAAUGUUCGAACGAGUGGGAAGAGGGAUCGGCGGCGAAGAGAUGAAGUAAAAGAAUUGCGCAGCAGAGAUUGGUGAUUGGUGAGAGAUGGUGUGGGUCUGCCUUACUCGGUGGGGAUUAAUUCGGUCGAGCAAGUAUAGCUGUAAAUACUGUAAGUAGGAAUACGCAGCGUGGCAGGCGCAGGCGUGCUACGAUUGGUCAGACGGCGUUACGUCUAAUGGAUCUACGCAGGGUCGAUCACUGUUAGCUCAGUUGGGUUAACCCUGGCGCAAUUGCUUGGUUGCAGCAUCAUCAGCCCCGAAGAGAGAGAGAGAGAGAGAGAGAGAGAGAGAGGGAAACAGCAAGCCAUCUGUACAGUGCUGGGAGAGGAGGUGCUCGCGGCGAGCGUGUUCAGUUCGUGUUUGCCUCUUCCCUUUGCACGCGAGCCGAUCGCUGCAAACGCCCUCACUGUGUUCUCGUUUUUUGGACUCAGUCGCUUCUCCCCGAACUCCGUACAUCUUCUACUCCGUACAUCUUCUACUCCUUGCUUCCACCCUCCCAAAAGAACACCACGGCGCCGUAUCUUUUUCUAUUCCCCCACGCCCCCUCCGGCCGGGUUCCGUUGUAGCCUACUCCUUGCAAGACUUGUGCGCUGAAGGAGAGAAGAAUAUUGCAAGGACAAUCAAGAGGAAGAGAAGAGAAGAGGAGAGAACGGUGAAGACAAAAUAUUGCAAAGGCGAUCACGAGGAAGAGAAGAGAAGAGAAGAGCAGGAGGGUGAGGAGGUUGGACAUCGAAAAGCGCGGACGUCUAUCUGCUUGAGCAUCGUGAAAAGUGCGGGGCGAAUGUGAAUUGCGCCCGCUGGAAAUGCGUUAUUGCCGAUGCCGGUAGCGUACAUCCCAAGGAGACCCGCCAGGAGAACGUCUCCGACACUCAUGCCAGCGGAAGGCAUCGAGGUUGUUGAGGUCAGGAGGACCAAAAAUGGAAAUGGAGAAUGGAUGGGCGAAAAAGAGAGAGCAGUGGAUAUUAAUUGCCCAAAUGCAAAUGGUCUUGCAUGUGAGAUCAUGAGAGUAAUCUUUGAGUUCGGACUCUCAGUCACAAAAGGAGAUCUGAUUGCCGAUGGCUUCUGGUGCUUUGUAUCGCUGCACGUGCUGGCACGCACGGAGUCUGUGAAGUGGCUACUUCUGAAACAGCGGCUGGAGGCCUCCUGUCCUUCUCCCAGGCGGUAUCUCAUGCCUCUCCAGAGGCUGCCAUUAAAGGGAACACAUAUGCACUUGUUGAAAGUGUGCACAACAGAUCGCUCUGGACUGUUGAAUGACGUCGCACACAUAUUGUGGCAGCUGGAGUUUACAAUUCACCGAGUGAAUGUCUCAACUUGUCCUGAUGGCCAGGCUGUUGAUCUAUUGUUUAUAACAGACGAAAGGGAGGAGCUUCCCAGUGCUGAACGAGCGAAUGAAGUCCGUGAACAAGUUCUUCAAGAGUUGGAUCCAUUGACGACUGUGGAGUUGAGCAUAGCAGGUCCAGAAUGCGGUGUGUUCUCAUCACUGGAUUGCUCGCCAGCAUCUAGAAUGAUGCCGUCUGUGGCAGAAGCCCUUUUCCCAGAUGACUUUGAUGGGUGGAAGGAUAAGAACUCGGAACAGGCGACAGUCAAGAUCGACAAUGCAAUGAGUGACAAACAGACAAUGGUGGAAAUUGACGCCCGUGAUCGUAGAGGACUGAUGUACGAUUGCAUGCGAACACUAAAGGAUCUCAAGCUCAAGGUUGCAAUGGGGCGAAUUGUUACGCGAGAGAAAGGAUGGUGUAAUGUAGUUGUUUUUGUCCAGACGCCUGAGGAAAGCCAAGUAAUGAGCCUAGAAUGGCAGAAUGAGAUCAUCGAGCGGUUGAGAAGAGAGGUGUUGCGGCCAAUCCGGCUAGACCUCGUGACCAAAGACACGGAGACGGAGCUGCUUAUUGCCACUCCGAUUGAAGCUUCUUCUGGCAAGGGACGGCCACGAGUGCUGUAUGAUGUUACUUUGGCACUACGUUGUUUGAAAAUCUGCAUAUUUAAGGCGGAUAUUACUCGGCACAAUGUGGCCAACAAGCUAUGGGAGGUGUACCGGUUCGUACUGACGGACCUGAAAGGAAAUCCUGUGGCUGGUGCCAGCGGUGAAAUGGUAAAGGAGCGAGUGAAACAUGUUUUGAUGGGAUGAAGAAGGUCUUGGCAUUGACACACUGUCAGCACUUCGCUUUGGGUGGACUUGUCGUCAUUUAUUGUACUCGUUAGUUCGUGUGCCAUUCUUGGCCUCCCCUUCAUCCUGCUUCCUCGUUAUUUUGCUUUCUUCCUUGCGUUCCUCUGCUGGGGCAUAGUUCAGUCGGAUGUUUUGUGUGCAGUACAGUUCGGUUUGGGUGGUUCAUCUCUCUCUCUCUCUCUCUCUCUCUCUCUCUCUCUCUCUCUCUCUCUCUCUCUCUCUCUCUCUCUCUCUCUCUCUCUCUCCCCACAUGUGGGAGAGAGAGCCGCAUGCAUAUUGUAUGUGGGAGGCUGAUGUCUUGUCCAAUCUCUGUAGGAUGCUGAAAUUGUCCGGUUGGGAUCGUGGGUGUUGUGAUGAGCAAAGGUCACGGGCGUGAAGGGCUGGAUAUUAGGAGGUGCUGCGGUGUUGAGGCCCAGAACUGUUGGCUCAGAGAUCGAACAAGUGUGUUGUAUAUGUCACAUGAAAUAAGGCUGUAGUAUAAGUUGUAGUUCGGCUGACCUCCAUGCCAGAAAGCUACCCCCAGGUCUCGGCAUUCGAUAUGGAGGCAGGUGGCAUCCACAAG